AUGCGUGGACCUGGCAGAUCGCCGGUCAAGGCUAUCGGCUCAAUUCAACCAAUAAACAAUCCGCUACUCGUUGCCGUUCUCAUUGACUUGGAUAUGUCAGGCAAAGAAGAUCGAAGCUUGGCUCCUUCAAGGACGUCCGAAAGCCCCGAGCUAGCAGAUCAUGGAAGCUAUCCCGAAGGAGGGCUCAGGGCAUGGCUGGUAGUCUUCGGGGCGUGGUGUGCUAUGAUCCCAUCCAUGGGCUUGCUGAACUGCCUGGGGAUCCUACACGUCUGGACGAGCACCCAUCAACUUCAGGGAUACUCCGAAUCAAGCAUUGGUUGGAUAUAUGGUGCUUAUGGAUUCUUCCUUUACGUUGCUGGAGCCCAAGCUGGACCAAUCUUCGAUGCAUAUGGACCAGCCUAUGUCAUUAUUCCUGGGUCGAUUGGAAUUGUAACUGCACUGAUAUGCUUCAGUUUUAGUGAAGAAUAUUAUCAGAUUUUCUUAUCUUUCAGCGUCCUCGGCGGACUCUCAGCCUGCACAUUGUUUACACCGGCAGUCUCAUGUGUCGGACACUGGUUCAAUGUCCGCCGCGGCUUUGCAACAGGCAUCGCCUGCACAGCUGGCGGACUAGGCGGCGUGAUAUUCCCCCUGAUAAUACUAUUCGCAGCUCCCAAAAUCGGAUUCGCAUGGGCCAUCCGCAUCAUCGCACUCGUAUGCGCCGUUCUCUGCACACUAGCCUGUCUCCUCAUGAAAACGCGACUCCCACGCAACAAAAGAGCAGGAGCCUCCAUUGAUUUCAAAGCCCUCAAAGAUAUCAAAUACGCCACCACAACCGCAGCCGUCUUCCUAGUAGAAUUCGCCGUGUUCAUACCAAUCACCUACAUUGCCUCAUACGCAGUCCACGUCGGAAUCAACGACACCAUCUCCUACGCACUAAUCGUCUUUCUCAACCUCGGCGCCGUCCCUGGCCGCUUCCUCCCCGGCCUCAUCGCCGACCGACUAGGCCGCUUCAAUGUCAUGGUCCUCACAUCGCUCAUAUGCGCAGCAUUAACCCUAGCUCUCUGGCUGAAGGCAGGAGACAACAUAGCCGCCAUUAUAUGCUACGCCGUGCUGUUUGGCUUUUGGAGCGGAGCCGCAAUCAGUCUAACGCCCGUGUGUAUCUCACAGGUCUGUGCGACAGAAGACUACGGGAAGAGAAACGGGACGACGUUCACGAUCGUUAGUAUUGGCACUCUCACGGGGAUUCCGAUUGCGGGUGCUAUUCAACAGCACAAUGGAGGGGAUUAUUGGGGUCUUAUUGUGUUUGGGGGUGUGCUUUAUUUGACGGCUACUGUUGCUUUUGGCGUUGCGAGGGGGGUUUGUGCGGGGUGGGCUUUGAAGACUAGAUUUUAG